UCAGUGACGUCGCGAAUCUUCUCGGACAGCUCGGCCCCAGAAGCUCUCCUCACAGAUGGCGUCCGACCAGCUGUGCAGCGCUGAUUUCACAUCACACGGACACACACAUGUGGAUGCAUCGAACAUGCCGGGAGCUGCACGACGGACCGAUAAAGUCGGAAUCUUCGUAUUUGAUGGCCCACGUUGCAGACCCAAUCGAAGAGACACAUUGCUCGUGCCGCAUCGGUGUGAGCUGAUCACGUUCACUCACCCCGGCACACUCGUCUGAUGCUGUCGAUAAUGCUGCGCGCCUUUAAUCCGCAGUCCUCUUGAUAGAUCACUAUCAAGCCGUCAAGGUCCGCCUGCAUGACCGAAUCGACGUACACAUGCACGUGCGUCAAUCCUCCCUCCCUCGCCCACCUCUGUCCUCUGCUGUGCUGAACCGAUGUUGUCGACUUGGCCAUUGAUGUUGUCGAUCAGAUGACGGGUGUCGGCCUUCUCCUGACGAACUUCCUGCACACGCAUAUAAACACAUAAACAUCCGCGUGUCUGCGAGUGAAUGGGUUCUCGUGCAGGUCGAAGUUGGGGCAGACGGCGGCCCUUCAACGUCAGCGGCUUCCUGACCACCUUUCCCACGUUAAGCGCAUUCGCCUUGCUCCUUUCGUCACUUCCCUGUGUGCCAGUGUGUGGUUUUUUGUGUCGCCCUUGGGGAUGGCCCACUUGAUCUGCAACCAUCGCGCGCAAACACAAAGUGGAAGGGUAUACAUACAUUCGUGUGCUCACCUCUUCCUUGCUGUCUCGGUCACGGAGAAGCGGUGCAUGUGCCUCAAGCUGGGAUGAGAGACACACAUGCAGAGCAAUCGCCGCCAGCUCCCCUACCGUGUGUAUCCCUCCCUACGAAUCGUAUCCCCUACCAUUAUGGAGGCCAGUAAUGAACGAAGACGGGGCGUGUCUCUUGGUUUCCACAGACGUCGGAAUAUAAAAUGUAGCCAGCGAUAUGACACUUGUGAUGUCCGCCUCAACAUUGAUGACCUGAGCAAGAUGAAACAGGAGACGCGUAGCAAAAGGUCACAUCAGUGUCCGUUCUUUCGUGACACCCUCCAUGUCACAUUUGUCGUACUAACAUCUGAAUGAAUGCAAUGCAACACACAACACAUGCGCACACCUGGUGUGCGUGGCUACCCUCCCCACGCGGCCCCUCCAGAGGACGCAACGCAUUUGGUGACGUGAGAUACCUGAAUUUCGUGGUUCCAUCACCCGCAAUCAGCUGCUGCCCUGCACACACACAUGCAGACAUACAUACAUACAUUUGUAUGAACUGCCAUCAUCCGUACUUCAAUUCAUGAAUGUAUGAGGUGGCGGUGGCGGUAGGGGUUGACAGACCGUCUCAUCCGCGCCGCCGCUGCCCUUCCGCCAUUGAGCUUUUCGAUGGUCUGAGAGGUGUACAAAGUGAAUGAACGAGGGCGAGAUGCAUACCUCUGAUAGCCGUAUCACCCCCGCCUUCAAGUCGUCCUGCAAAGGACAACCAACACGAGGGAGAGGAACAUUAGCAAAUCGACCACCCAACACACACAAAAAUAACAGAGAGUCGGUCCCGUACCCGUUGUUGCUCCAGGUUGGAAGACCGCUUCCUGACCAUCCGCUCCCGCCAGACACGCAACUCUAUGUCCUCUGUAUUUUCACACAUACACACACGGGGCCGGUCAUACACACAGGCAGGGAAGCCAGUGUCUGGACUGAGUGCACGUGUUAAUGCUGUGUAUCCUUUACUUACCGUGGUAGAAUGUGAGCUCGUCCAUUAGGUCCCUGACCUCCUCAUAUAAGGUCUUGGCGUUGUACUUGGCGAGGCCUGACAGACAGAGCAUGGGCUCUCCAUCAUGGCAGCGCUGAUGGAUGUGCCUUUGUCAGCCGCCUUACGGUCAACGUAGAGGGCUUGGAGAGUCGCGUGGUCGCCCUGGUCCCGGAUGGCCUUCAACGGCAUCCCCACCAGGGGGGGCGCCUCCUUGGCGGACUGCCAUGGGGGAGGCGGCGGAGGUAGCGGGGCUCCGGUCUUGAAAGGCAUGCCGGUGUGGCCGAAUUCACGAAGGGCUUCCUGCUGCAGAAACAAACGCUGACGAACACGCUACACGAGUGCCAGCCAAGCCUCCUUGCCCGGCUCCCACCUCAACCCAGAUACAACACACUGAAGAGGCAUGACACAGCUGAGGUGUUUUACCAUCGUGUAUUGCGCCUGGCCCCUUACAGCUGCACUUACCGGAGAAAUCUGGGAGGCGGUGGAAGUGGAAGUGGAGGCGGGGGUGGCGGUGGCGGUGGACAUACCGCUUCGUCGUUCAGCUCCUCGGCCGCUGGCUGCGAGGCCGCCGCCGCUGACGUGUUGCCGUUGAGGUUCCGGAUGACCUGAAGAGGACAGAAGGGCACAGGGCAGAGUGAAUGAGUGAGUGAGUAAACAAAAUAGUUUCGUUCGAGUGAGUGAACGGGCGAGAUGCCUACCUCUUUCAGCCGUAUGACUUCCACCUUCAACUCGUCGUGCAAAGGACAACCAACACGAGGGAGCGAAACGUUAGUUAACAAAUCGACCACCCGACAGACACACAAUGAGAACAAGUCAAUAGUCGGUCAGACCGUACGUCCCUCUGCUGCUCCAGCCUGAACGCCCGCUUCCUGUCCAGGCGCUCUCGGCAGGCACGGGUCUUGAUGUCGUCUGUAUGUCCACACAU